ACCUAUCGUCCGCUGCGCAAAAGUCGAAGCUCGGCGCAAGUGAUAAAGUUUCGCUUUGUUACCGACAGAUGAAAAGUUGGCUAAAAGUGCACCCAGAUAACCGCAGCGUAUAUAUGCGAGGUUACGUUUUGAUCAAUUGUGGCAUUUAUGUUCGUACCGCAAAAGCUCCACAACCAAGAGACAAUUCAAUAAAAUAAAAAUAAACGAAAAUCAAAAAGCCCUCCAGAGAGUAAUAAAAUCCAGAAAAAUGAGUUCGAAACUGUUGUCUAUCGAGUCGAUCGACAUAUUGGGUACGAUUCCGCAGUAUUACGCUUUGGUCGGUGGUUUUUUGGUACUGUGGCUCGUGUGGGUUAUCGCGAAGAGACGAUACAGUAGCAACAACAAUCGUCGGACGCCAGACGACGAUGAAGUUGAAAGAAAAUUGUCGAAUUGGUAUCCGGAGCCUUUGAUCCCGGAAGUUUCGUCUUCGAAAAAAGUUCCAGUAGAAUAUGAAGUUCCCCGAAGAGUGACAACGCGAGUAGGGAAAAGAAUCGUGGUCGAGGGCGUCGAUUGUUUGAAUUUAGCGACUCACAAUUAUUUAGGCUUUGCCGAUAGUCCCAAAAUCCAGGAAAAUGCUGUCGCAGCCAUCCGCAAGUAUGGAGUUGGUUCUUGUGGCCCCAGAGGCUUUUACGGCACUGUCGACGUUCAUCUCGAACUUGAGGAACGCCUCGCCCAGUUCAUGGAAGCCGAAGAAGCUAUAGUUUACUCUUAUGGCUUCAGUGCAAUCGCCUCUGCCAUUCCGGCAUAUUGCAAACGACGAGAUAUUGUUUAUGCCGAUGAAAAAGUCAAUUUUGCCAUCCAGAAAGGCCUGGAUGCCUCCCGCUCCACGGUUAAGUACUUUCGGCACAACGAUCCUACUGAUUUGGAAAGAUUGCUGAAAGAACAGGCACAAAAAGACUCCAAAGAUGCUAAAAAAGCCACCAAAGUUCGUAGAUUCCUUAUCGCUGAAGGAAUUUUCAUGAACACCGGCCUCGUUUGCCCACUACCUCAAUUGGUUGAACUUUGCGAGAAAUACAAACUCAGAAUCUUUCUUGACGAGUCUAUUUCUAUUGGAACCUUAGGAAACAAGGGACGUGGAGUUACCGAGCAUUUCAAUGUUCCCAGACACAAAAUCGACAUGAUUAUGGGUUCUUUGGAAUGGUCCCUCAGUUCGAUCGGUGGUUUUUGUUGUGGAUCGUCGUUUGUAAUCGAGCAUCAAAGAUUAUCGGGACUGGGUUACUGUUUCUCAGCUUCGCUGCCUCCUCUGCUGACAGUGGCAGCGACGACGGCUCUCGAUAUGAUGGAAUUAGAGCCCGAGAUAUUUUUAACGUUGAAAAAAAAUUGCGUGGCUAUUGACGCUGGGCUACGAAAAAUGAACUUUUUCGAAAUUUCAGGAUUCAAUGAAUCCCCCAUAAAACAUAUUUUUAUCAAAGAGACUUUCGAACGCACCAAAGAAAAUCAAAUUCUUGACAAAAUAUCGGAAAAAUGUAUAGAAAAUGGACUCGCCGUUAUUAAAUCCGCAUAUUUGAACACUGAACGCGAGAUUCCGAGACCGAGCCUUCGAAUCACAGUUUCUGUUCUCCUCAACAAAGAAGAUAUCGAUUUUUUCCUUAAAACUCUUGAAAAUUGCACAAAACAAGUUUUGCCUUUGUAAAUAGCAUUUGUUAUCAGUUUUUCUCGAUUCUUUUGCUUUAUAUUCAGUUUUUUAACUUCGGUGACGGAAGCUCACGCUUUAGAGCUAAAAAUCAACGAGACACAGUAUUUUGAGGUUAGAACGAUAAGAAAGGAAAAAAAAAAUUAUGGUGCUCACCAGAAGUUCACGCUCGCAGAAACCUCGGCAGAAAUAUUCAGUUUUUGUUAAUAAUAUUGUAACGUUAUUUAUACUAUAAUAAAAUGUUAUUCUUUCUGGA